CCAUUUCCCCACCCACGAAACAAAAACCCUAAUAUAUAAAGUCUCACCACCUCCUCUAAACACACCCUAGAACACACAGCCGCUGCGGAGAGUCUCAAGUUGAGCUUCAGAGGAAGAAGACGAAGAAGAAGAAGCGGCUGCAAAUCGCAACAUGACGUUUAAGCGAAGGAAUGGUGGUCGUAACAAACAUGGCCGUGGUCAUGUUAACUUCAUACGUUGUUCAAACUGUGGAAAGUGUUGCCCUAAGGAUAAGGCAAUCAAGAGAUUUUUGGUGAGGAACAUCGUUGAACAAGCUGCUGUUAGAGAUGUUCAGGAAGCUUGUGUCUAUGAUGGAUACACUUUGCCUAAAUUGUACGCCAAGAUGCUUUACUGUGUGUCCUGUGCUAUUCAUUCUCAUGUGGUGAGAGUUCGUUCUAGAGAGAAGAGGAGGAACCGUGACCCACCUCAACGUUUCAAGCGUCGGGAUGAUACUCAAAAGCCUGGUGCAGGUGCCCCUCGUGCAGCUGGUGCUGGACCUGGAGCUGCAGGAGUACCUGGAGCUGCCCCACCUGCCCGUACAUGAGCAACGACUUUAUAAAAGUGCACUCUUUUCUGAUUCAGUCAAUGUAUUCCAGUUUGGGAUUUAGGGUGGUACUAGAUUACCUAGUUUUCUUUUUCUGCGGAAAACUUUACAUCAUUUUGUUAGUAGGGAAAUAUUAUUGAGUACUCUGCUUUGUUUUGUUAUGAUUUAGGGACUCGUUUGUCUUGAUAUGUGAAUCCUUUAAGCUUAAAUGAUGGGAAAGAAGUCAUGCCAGAUUUUGGAACUUGUUUUUUUUUUUUUUUUAAUGGUUUCAAAGGGAUUCGGCUGUAAGGCCUUUGUAGUAUUAUCCAUCUUUGUAAUACUAUCCAACUGCUGUUCAUAGUUAUUCUUGUAAGGAUUUCUGCAUUUGUGUUUUGGGA